AAAGGGUUAAUAUGAAAUGAUGACAAUACAGCGCAUAUACCUGUAACCUUGGCCUAGCCCCAGAUGCCUCCUCUUCCCCUUGACGAGCGCAUAGUGGUUAUUCAAAGGCCCAAAAGCUUGGCCUUGUGUGUGGCUUCCCCGCCAGCCACCUCACAAUAUUCCUCCCGUCUUACCACUCGGCACGAGCCCCCAUCUCGCUCACCGCAAACUCAGCGUCCUCCUCCCCGAACACAUCCACCCUCCAACUCUCUGUCCCUGGAAUGCAGACACAGGAACUCACCACUUGGGCAAAGAGCCAAGGGAGAGAGGAGUGCCACUACAGAGGACAGCAGUUGGAUCCCUAGUCACUGUCACAGCAAUGGGAUUGUGACUCUGGGUCCCAGACCUUCCAAACAUACACAUACCAUUGACAUCAAAGUAUCAGUGGACAAAGGAGGGGUACAUUUAGACAAAAGGCAGAGCAUCAGAGAGAGCAAAGCAAAACAGGUGCCUUCACAUUUGAUUUCAGGACAAAGUGAUAGGGUACCCAGAGGGAAGUUAUAUGACACAGCUGAGAAUCAUCAGAACAAGGCCCUAUAUAGCAACCAUUAUCAAAACAACCUCACUGUGUCACCAGGUGGGGUCUUGGAAUUUGUUCCAGCCCAUAGACAACAAUCCAAACAUAAGUGGACAGAAGAGGAAUUAUCAAAGUCUCGCUUUACUACUGCCAGCUACAGGGACGUGCCUUCUCUGGGUGACAAAGAAAACUCCAAACUGGGAACGAUUCACCAGCCUCCCAAAUCCUAUGGUCUCCCUCGUCACCACAGCUCUGUCCAAUCGGCGCAUGCCUCCAUUCUGAACACACAUUAUCAGGCUGCCCCAAACUCCUUUCGGGCCCCAUCAUCCUUCCAUCCGGUUACUCAAACCCGGUCCUCACGUAUCAAAGAACCACAUUCCCAAAUCCUUCACAGCUUGCCCCUCUCUGCCACUUCUUCCCCUGACGGCUUCCCUAGCCCUGAUCACACUUGCACUAUUGACUUUUCUCACCCAUUUAGCUGCAACUGUUGGAGACUAAUUUGUUGCACACAAGGUAGAGGCCACUCAGCUGGCUGCCAAGGUGGCACUGGAAGUCCAUCUACUUCGAUUUCUCAAAAAGGAAGUACAGCCAAGAAAGGUGACGGUGCCAUGGGAUUAAAGACCUUAGGAGGGUGCAUAUCCACAGCUUCCACCACCAACACUUCCUCCUCCAACAGUACUGUUUCAGACUGCCGGACAGGGAUCCUCAGGCCCCUGGGCUGUUCAACCUGUUCAGGAGAUGAUGGAAGUCCUGCAGCUUUUCGUAAGAAACUAGUUGGUGGUUGUUUACCUUGUUCCCCAUUUUCCGCAUCUUCCCCUUUGCGAGCAUUGCAAAGUUGCGUCAGUGGAUGCAACCCCACAGCAAGCCAGACUGGUAGUUCCACAUGUAGUUACUGCAGCAGCGAUCCUAUAGUGGUGACUUAUAACCCUCACAGAGGGAAGCCGCCUGGCACAGGCUACAGUACUGGUACCAUGGGUGGGUACCAACCUGACGAUGAUGAUUACAGUGUGCGCACAAUUUGGCCUGAUGAGCUUGCAAAGAAGAUGACUCGCUCCAAAAGUCAGCCUAAUCACCAAAGUGCAGGAAUGAGGAUGGGAACAGGAAAGCCUUAUAUGGGCCAUGAGGCAAAUAGUAGCAAUGGAUCAAAUCCAGUCAUUCUAGACUGCCGUAACCUUCUAGAGUUUACCCGCUCUCAGCUAAUUGACAAUGCAGGACGAAGAAGGCUCCAGCAGGGCAAGAUGGCAGUUAUGGACUUCAUGGGAUCAGGCAGAGACUAUGGUCAAGACUCUCUGAAAAGACUCUGUAACAAGGAUGAAGAUGCUGGAUUGGACAACGAUGAUGGUCUAGAUGACAUGCUUCCAAACUCCUCUUUUCCUCACUGUCUUACUCCUGAAUCUUCAUUACCCUACUCCCCUCUGCCCUCAGCUCCAAGCACCCUUAUUAAGCCCAAACCAAGAGGAAGAGAGUGGGAAGGUGGACACUCUUUACCUUCUGCACAGUCACUUCACCUAGCCCUUAACUCAUUCAACAGAGAGCAAAAUGAGGAGAAUAUGAGAUUGCGCCUCUCCCUUCCACUCUCCUCCUCCCUCCCGGCAUCUCUGUCGGAUGAGAGUGUGAUGACUCCAGAUGUUGAGAAUGCUGUGAUCAGCCCCAUUCUGCCUUUCCUUUUCUUGGGCAAUGAGAGGGAUGCUCAGGACCUGGAUCUGCUGCUUAGACUGAACAUCAGUUAUGUGGUUAAUGUCACCACCCACCUCCCCCUCUACCACCUUAACACUGGGCUGGUGCGCUACAAACGACUUCCUGCUACUGAUAAUAGCAAGCAGAACCUCCGGCAAUAUUUUGAGGAGGUCUUUGAGUUUAUAGAGGAGGCUCAUCAGAGUGGUCGAGGUGUGUUGGUGCACUGUCAGGCAGGAGUUUCCCGGUCAGCAACUAUUGUUAUUGCUUACUUAAUGAAACACACCCUCAUGACCAUGACCGAUGCCUAUAAAUAUGUGCGCAGUCGCAGGCCAGUGGUUUCACCCAACCUCAACUUCAUGGGUCAGCUACUGGAAUUUGAAAGAGAUCUCAACUCUGGUGUUACUCCUCGGAUCUUAACCCCCAAACUGAGUGGCGUGGAGACACAGGUCUGAAAGAUCUGGAAUAAUGAAUAGA